AUGGGCUACGACGACCGGGAAGAUCUUGCAAUUAUCUGCCAGCGAAAAAACGAAGUAUUUUUGCUGGAUAUUCCAUGGUCAAUCACUCUUGCGCAAGGGGACCUUUUGACCCCCCAGCAGCGACGUUCAAAAGACACGUUAAUCGAAAGAAGACGAUUACUUUCAUGUCCACCUUUGAAGGUGCCAUAUCCAUCUACCGAGCCUAAAAACCCCACUGCGCGUGCCAAUGUGCUUGAGACAAUUCCUUUGUCCGAAAGACGCUUCCACUCUGAACUAAUCUUGCCCCUCGUGCAGAAUUCUCUGCAAGUCAUCAGGGAAGUUGUUUCCACUUUUCGCUGGGGGCUCCCUCGGCUUGUGCCUUUGGAGGUCAAAAAAGACCCAAACUCGCAAGAUGAAAGCCCGCGGAAGCGCCGGAAAGAGGAGCCCUCGCCCAUUCGUUAUGAACAUGUUUCCAGCAAUGAGCCGCCGGUGAUCCUAUCAUCUACUUCGCCGAAUGAGUUUAGAUCACUAUCAGAUUUGAGCGUUGUGAAGAACACCUCAUCAGCAUUGGCGAUAAUUCACAUAAACGACAAUGAUAGUACCGGCCAUCCUAUCUCAUAUCUGAUCCCACCAGAGUCGAGCUUCACGCUUUGUACUCUACCUCUGUUCGAGACCAAGAAACACCGGUCAUCCCAAUUCUACCCUAUUCCUGGUCUGUCCUCGCAUCAGAAAUUCAAUCUGAUUCUCAUGGAUCCGCCGUGGCCAAACAGAUCUGUCCGUCGCAGCGGUCACUAUCAAACACAUCACUACUCCGAAAUGGACGUUCUCACCGAAGGCCUACGUGAUAUUCUUCGGGUACACUCGUACCCUGCUGAAUCUCAAUCUCAGCCCGGCACCCAGCAGGCUAUAGCCGCUAUAUGGAUCACAAAUGCCGAGAAGUCUCGCAAAGCAGCAUACCAAGCCAUGAUGGGCUCUGGGUUCCGCGUCUGCGAGGAAUGGAUAUGGGUCAAGACCACCUUAGAUGGACAGCCAAUCUCCGCCCUGGACGGUAUAUGGAGAAAGCCCUACGAGAUCCUUGUCGUUGGUCACAGAGAUGAGAGCUUGGAUAUCUCGAAACAUAAUUUCGAGGACUUGACUUCGAUAAGCGAGGCCGUCACCACUCGACGGGUCAUCGCUGCAGUCCCGGACCUGCAUUCUCGCAAACCAAACUUGAAGGGCAUUUUUGAACGCAUCUUUUUCGAGCCCGGUCAGCCACAGUCAUACUCUGCUCUUGAGGUUUUUGCACGAAAUUUGACGGCGGGCUGGUGGGCGGCUGGUAAUGAGGUUUUGAGGUUCAAUGCUCAAGAGUGCUGGGUAGAUCCCAACGAGAUUGGCUGUGAGGAAUGA